AUGAACGCGACCUCGACUUCGUCAAACUGCGACGACAUACACAGCUGCCGCACACUCAGCAGCGUCAUCUGGAGCUGCCUGGCAACCAUCUUCGCCUGCGUGUGGCUCUGCGUCCACCCCAACGUCCCACCGCGCGCACUGCAACACUCCCUGGGCCUACGAACAAGUUUCUGGAGGAAAGCCCAACAGAACGCUUUACCGCUCUGGCACCGCUUCAAGCUGAUGUUAAUUGCGCUGCUCGCCCCAGAGCUGAUCGCGGGGCUCGCGGGCCGGCAGCUUGCCGUCGCACGCAGCCUGGCGAAGGAGUUCGACGUAUCGCUCACUCACGGCUUUUUCAUCGGCAUGGGCGGGUUCGUCACACCCGAUGGGCACCCAAUCGUCACGCGGGCCCAGAUCAGCGACGAGGGUGUGCUCGAUGCCAUCCGCGCAGUGCCAGAGGAGGACAUCCAGGACAAAAGCAACGGGGACGUGUUCUCCAAGGGCGCCGCGCUCCUUCAGGGCCUCUGGUUCAUCGCGCAGGGCAUCGCACGUGCGAUCCAACACCUGCCCCUUGCCGAGCUCGAAAUCGCCACGCUCGCAUUUGCAGUGAUUAGCAGCUUCAUCUGGGCGCUCUGGUGGCGCAAGCCCCUCGACGUCGGUGCGCCGAUCAUCGUCGGGAAGCCUUACCCCGUCGCAGCUGCACCUCUAGCUCGGAUCACGCGGCACAACUUCUGGUUGUUCACAGUCUUCAACGUCGUCGGCGGGCAGGCGCACACGCGACUCGAGUUUGAUCCGCGCAUGGCCCGCGCCGUCCCGACGACGUACUACGCCUCCGCGGUCGACGCGGCCCACAUCGGCGGGCUCGACGUGACCUUCUUUGCGGAACUACUCGGUGGCGCGGUCUUUGGCGCCAUCUACUGCCUUGCGUGGAACUCCUUCUUCCCGAGUAUCGCGGAGAUGUGGCUCUGGCGCGCGGCAGCGGCCCUUGUUGCGGCCAUCCCCCUCCUCGGGAUCGCCAUAUUCGCCCUCGGGCUGUCGAACAUGGGACACUGGUUCCUCCUGAUCGGCGGAGUUGUCUAUGUGCUGGCCCGCAUUGCGCUCAUCGUCCUCCCUCUCACGACCCUCCGCGCACAGCCGCCGGGGCUCCUGGUUGAUGUCGAUUGGAGCGGGUUCUUCCCACAUCUAGCAUAA